AUCACAUUGUGCUAAGCGUCCUAAGCUGACGUCAACCCGGUACCGAUGAACAACCGGUAGCUUUGAGAAGAACCGUGUGGUCGCUGUGAUUUUGGCCCUGAAUCAAGCCACAAACCGUGCAAGCAUCAUGCCUUUCGAUGUUAGGAGAUUCGACAUCUACAGGAAAGUACCAAAAGAUCUCACCCAGCCCACCUACACAGGAGCGUUCAUUUCCAUCCUCUGCUGCGUCUUCAUACUUUUCCUCUUCCUCUCAGAGUUGACGGGAUUCAUAGCUACUGAAAUUGUAAACGAACUGUAUGUGGAUGACCCAGAUAAAGACAGUGGUGGGAAGAUAGAAGUGAGUUUAAACAUCAGUUUGCCAAACUUACACUGUGAUUUGGUGGGGUUGGACAUCCAAGACGAGAUGGGCCGCCAUGAGGUCGGCCACAUUGACAACUCGAUGAAAGUUCCUCUCAGCCAAGGAGCCGGUUGCCGCUUCGAAGGAGAGUUCACCAUCAACAAAGUGCCAGGAAACUUCCACGUGUCCACACACAGCGCCACAGCCCAGCCCCAAAAUCCCGACAUGACCCACAUCAUCCACAAGCUGGCCUUUGGGGAAAAGCUUCAGGUGCAAAAAGUCCAAGGCGCGUUCAAUGCUUUAGGUGGAGCUGACAGGCUGUCCUCUAAUCCGCUCGCGUCACAUGACUACAUCCUGAAGAUUGUUCCAACCGUUUAUGAAGAUCUGUCGGGCAAACAGAGGUUCUCCUACCAGUACACGGUGGCAAACAAGGAAUACGUCGCCUACAGCCACACGGGCAGGAUCAUACCGGCCAUCUGGUUUCGCUACGACCUCAGUCCAAUCACAGUGAAAUACACAGAGAGGAGGCAACCUCUUUAUCGCUUCAUCACCACCAUCUGCGCCAUCGUGGGUGGGACAUUCACGGUGGCGGGCAUCAUCGACUCCUGCAUAUUCACCGCAUCCGAGGCUUGGAAGAAGAUUCAGAUUGGAAAGAUGUCCUGAGGACGACACUAACAGCCCUCCCCCAACCCCAACCCCCACCCCCCCGACCCCUCACCCAUGACUUAUUUAUAAGUGCAAAGUAGCCUGUUAGCUAAAUCCAGGUAUCACGGUGACCAUGGAAGGGGUUCCGGCACUGUGGGGAUCUCACUAUCAGGCUACACGCUUUCCAUCUCGGUUACUGACACCCCUCCCCCCGGUUGCUGACUAUCACAUGUCCAAGUUCAGAGUGUGUCGGGGGGGUCAGCCAAGGGAGCAAAAAUGUACUGAAAUUGAUGUUUUUUUUACAAUGAAAUUGAUUUUUAUUUUUAUUUCUUUAAAAAAAAAAUUUCAAUUAUAUAUUUUUAAGGCAAACACAUCUUCGCUAUUUUUUCGACUGCCUGUCACUAAAACGAAAAACUAAAAAAUACCGUUUUUUACACCCAUCCUCUCCCCUUACAUUAUAUACAUUACACUGAUGAUCACUGUGUCCUUUUUAGAACGUUCCACCAGAACAAUACAGUCGUCGCUCGCAAUAUCCUAUUUUUUCAUAAAAUUUAUUCACUCAUUCAAACCCACACAUUUUUUAGUUAUUAUUACUAUAUUAUUUAUUAGUUAUUUACGAUUUUCCAUCGUUUCAACAGACAAACAUUACCUCAAGUACUUGGAGUAGGUCAAAUAUUAAUACUGUGAUUUGAGAAUGGACAUUAGCUUACCUUACAUUAAAAAAAAAAAAUCUCUCAUCCCAUCUAGUGUGGAAGUGGUAAGUUUUUGACUUCUUAAGUUUAGAAAAAAUAGAACUUUAAGGCUAAAUAGUGUCAGCAGUAUAAGACUUAACUCUAAAAAUAAUUAAAUUUAAUCCUGGAUAGCGGAAAUUAAUUUAACAGUUACAAGCGACGACAAUACUGCCAUCCAACAAUGUCCUUUUUAAAUAGUUAAAAAAAAAAAGUGACCUCAUGUAUGUGUUUUUUUUGUCUUUUUUACCUUUGUGUUUUAGGGUCACACUUUGAUGAACUUUUGAUUUUACAGGAAUAAAGUACAAUAUGGGGAAUAGUCACGUUUACUGAGAAAGUAGUAAUAUUGCUGCAAAAAUGCAACAAUUUAAAGCAGGAAAAUGACUGAAAAGUACUGACAUUGUGGCAAACUCCUUUAUUCUUGUUAAGAAUGUUCCCGUUUUUAUUUUUCUCAGGCAUUUUGCUGCUGUUUUGGUUAACAUUCAUAUGGACAUAGAGUACGUCUACCUUUUUAUUCCCGUUUUACAGUUCUGUAUUGAAAUUCUGUGUAAUGUAAUGUAAAGGUGCCAAUGAAGUUCUUGACAGAUUGUUAAUGAAAAUCA